AUGGGAAUAUUCAAACGCAAAUCUGUUAUUAUUGAAGAAGCCUCCUUAUCUUGGGACAAUGAAUCCACUCGAAAGCAAGCCCUCGUCCUGGGUGUCAUGAUUGCCGCCAUUCUUAUAUUGAGAUUGGCCAGUGAAAGACGCCUCAAAAUGUUGAGUGGAGAACAUACCCUAAAAAUGGCUGCCUUGAACGAUGCUGUCUUGUUUCAAGAAGUCUUCUUGGCCUACUUGAAUGCUGCCUUGUUGGAGCCAAUUUUGGCCAUUGGGGGGAUGGAAGAAGUCAAGGGCGGCGAGUUUGCCAUUAACGCCUUGAGUGCGGCAGCUAUUUGUUGGUGGAUUUGGCUUUUGACGGAUGCCUUCGAUUUCACCGACGUGGUGCAAUUCUUUACCUAUCAUGGGGAUUUUCGGGAACAAGUGGAAACCGAUCCCAAGAAAUAUUUCUUUUUGAAAUUCAGCAAGACCAAAGAGGACGCCCGAUCGGAACGCAAAUCUUUGGUGGGAACUCUGACCAAGGAUGUGGCACUUUGGUUCAUGUUGGUCUGCAUUGCGGCUGCUUGGUUGCCAGGAAUUGCCGUGACCCAUCGUGAUGCCAUUCAUGCGUAUGCCGUGGUAGUCUUGUGGGCGAUUAUGCACCAUGUUGCACGAAAGGCUACCGCUUGGAGUGCUGGAUACUUUUUCACCUUUUUGUUUCCCUCCACAGCAUUGAUGCCAUUGGAAUACUGUUUGCCACUCAUGGAUGUAGCGGAUGUGGUAGAAGACGUGGAGUGGUUGGUUUCCUACAGAAAAUUUGUCCACGAUCGAACGGGGGUAGAUCUCAUUAUUGAGACAUAA